AUGUUCGACUGGGAACAAACGAAAGUUGUCGCUGUGAAUAAACCCAAACAAUGGUCCGAGACGGGUACUGAAGAAGAGCAAAGAAGAGUCUACAAUAUUGUGCGCGGAUAUUUUUGUGGACUUUAUAUAUUAAAAGAUUUUGGCGACGAUUGUGAAACCUGUACGUAUGAUCGGUGGCUAGCAUGUGUAGACAAGGUUUUUCAAGAUAAACGUUUAAUGAUAGACGGUGCUUAUGAAGAGCUUUUAAAACGAUACGGCUACAAAAUGGUUUUUAUGCCCAAUGAGAAUCCUUGUCAAAACCCUUUAUUGUAUUACGAAUUGGCGAUGAGUAAAGAAACUUUUAGACAUACACACGUUUAUGACAUUUACAAGUUUUUAGAUUUUGUAUAUGCGUUAUGUGAUACGUAUAAAGUGUAUAGCUUUGCAUCGUAA